AUGGCUUCCAGGAGCGUCACCAGCAAGCGCUCACCCUCCUCGACUUCCACCGAAGGAUCAUCCAGGUCUCCUGAAUCUGAAAAGCCAGGGAGCCAUGGAGGGAGACCACCAAAUGGUCCAAGCCGCAGCAGCUUCCCAGUGGGACGCCGCCACCCCCCCACGCUGCAAAUGGUGCUGGAGGCGAUGCAGGUGCUGCAGGCAGAGGAGCAGCGCCAGGGCACAUCGGUGGUAGCCAUCAAGCGCUACAUCCUGCGAAAGUACCCCGCAGCAGAUGGCCCUCGCUUCAAGUACCUGCUGAAGAACGCGCUGGCCACUGGCAUGUGCCGUGGCCUCCUCGCCAGGCCCCCCCACUUAAAAACCAGGGGGGCCACUGGCAGCUUCCAAUUAGUUACCAACCACGAGAGGACAAUCAAGCCCAGGAAGACGGCCUCCCCGAAGGCCCCCAGGAGAGCAGGCGUGGCCAAGGGGAAGGUCCCCAAGAAACCAGAUGAGGCCAAGGAGGAGCCUCCCAAGGCAGGCAAGGGGAAAAAGGGAGCCAAGAGUCCAGCGGAGGUGCAGAAGCCUCCCCUCAAGCCAGGCACAGACACAGAAAAAGCUUGCAAAGAAAGCAGCAAGGCCAAGGACACCGAGGCACAGCCAGGUGAGGCUCAGAAGGUGCCCCCCAAGCCAGACAAGGCCAUGCGGGCCCCUUCUAAUGACAGUGGGUUCAGCAGGAGGGCAGAGGUCAAAGGCAGCUGGAGGAGCCCAGCUAACUGUGCUGAGGCCAGCAGGAAAACCAAAGCUGGGAGUAAGAGUUUAAGACCCACGGUCAGCAAGGUCAAGAGUGGUACUGCUUCCCUAACCGAAAAGAAGUCGGUGGCCCGGGCCAAGGCCCAGUCCCAGGCCCCUGCCCCCACUGGGGCUGGGCAGGGGCCGAAUGCCAAGGGUGCUUCUGCUAAGGCCGGUGGGUCCAAGGUGGUACCUGCACAUCUGUCCAGGAAGACGGAGGCCCCUAAGGGCUCGAGAACGGCUGGGCUGCCCAUCGACAUCAAGUUCCCAUCAUCCAAAGUGUCCAGCCAGAGGGCUGAAGCUUGGGGCCGGAGGCAGGGGUGGAGAGAUACUUAGCCUCUGUCCUCGUUUUUAUUCUUGAACAAACUAUUGCUCUAUUUAUUUAAUUCUAACCUAUUUAUCAAUAAAGACUUGUUUAUUUUCCCCUGCAAUUGUGUGGGUAGGGGCUGAGGUUCAAGGACUUGGCCAUUCGGUCCUCCACGAGCAUCCCCUGAGCACCUGCUGUUUACCUGGCUAAUGCUGGGGCUCAGAUAGGAGGUCCUGCCUCGGGGAGACUGUGUGCUGUAUGGAGCUGCGGCACAGACAUCAGAUAUUGAGAUGCAAAGGAGCUGGUGGGGAUUAACCCGGCCCUGAGAUCAGGCUUCCAGGAGGAGGUGGCUUUUGAUCCUAAAGGAUG